ACGCUGCUGAACAUAGUUUGGAGUCGCGUUUAACGAUGUAUUUUUCCUCCAGCACCAAGUCGCAUUUAAAUGGAGCUUAUGGACUCUGCGUGCUGUCAGCGGGGUGAAAAGCAAGCAAGCUAGACAUUUAAAACAUACGCAGUGACGAGCGUCUUGGUUCUUUAAAGAUGACGGCAGCGUGAGCCUUACGUGACUUUAUAAUGAUAGUUAGCGGAGAAGCUAAUGUUAGUUUGUUUGGCUAACAUUGAGUUAGCCCUGUUGGACGGCUGGUGAGUGUACGCUAAUGGCGCUAAACACCAAGCAGCAAAGUAAAGCAACUUGGAUUGACCUGGUUAGUUGGUUAGCAGCAUAACGCAGCAAUUUAGGUAGCUCUGUUUUAUUAGCCAUUAGCAGUGGAUCUGAGACGUUUCACUGUUUAAUCGCAUCCGCGGAAUGAUUCAUCUGGUGGUUUGAUGGGGCUUUUAAGGACCAUGAUGCCCGCAAAGUUCCAGCUUUUGGCUGUUUUGGCAUUCGCACUGGCGAUGCUCUUCAUCGAGAACCAGAUCCAGAAACUGGAGGAGUCGAGAGCCAAACUCGAACGUACCAUUGCCAGACACGAGGUGGCUGAAAUGGAGCAGCGCCACAGCGAAGAUGCUGGGCGGGAGUCGUCCCCGCCGGCAGAGAAGGAUGACACGGUCAUCAUCUACAACAGAGUGCCCAAGACGGCCAGCACGUCCUUCACCAACAUCGCCUACGACCUGUGCAGGAAGAACCGCUUCCACGUACUGCACAUCAAUACGACCAAAAACAAUCCCGUCAUGUCUCUGCAAGACCAGGUGCGCUUUGUCAGGAAUGUCACCUCAUGGAGAGAGAUGAAGCCCGGCUUCUACCACGGCCAUGUAGCUUAUCUGGACUUCUCAAAAUAUGGGGCGAAGGGUAAGCCCAUGUACAUAAACGUGGUGAGGGACCCCAUAGAGCGCCUGGUGUCGUACUACUACUUCUUACGUUUCGGAGACGACUACAGACCUGGUCUACGGCGAAGGAAACAAGGAGACAAAAAGACCUUUGAUGAGUGCGUGUCAUCGGGCGGGUCUGACUGUGCUCCGGAGAAACUCUGGCUUCAGAUCCCCUUCUUCUGCGGCCACCAUUCAGAGUGCUGGACUGCAGGCAGCAGAUGGGCCCUGGAGCAGGCCAAGUCCAACCUGCUGAACGAGUACCUGCUGGUCGGAGUGACGGAGGAGCUGGAGGACUUCAUCAUGAUCCUGGAGGCAGCACUGCCGCGCUUCUUCAAGGGAGCCACAGAGCUCUACAGAAGCGGAAAGAAGUCCCAUCUACGUAAGACCACGGGCAAAAAGCCCCCCACCAAAGAGACAAUAGCCAAGCUGCAGCAGUCCGACAUCUGGAAAAUUGAAAAUGAGUUUUACGAGUUUGCACUCGAACAGUUUCAGUUUGUGCGCGCCCACGCUGUCAGGGAAAAAGAUGGAGAACUCUACGUCCUGGCUCAGAGCUUCUUCUAUGAAAAGAUCUACCCCAAAGUGAGCUAAAAACAGGAAGCCAGGAAAGAGACAAUUAGGAGUCAUUUACACUGGGAGGAAGUUCAUCAAGUGAUGCUGCUGAAUGCCUUUUCUCACACCGUACUGUGGACUCUCUAUGAGGAAUGUGUGGGAGCAGCUGUUGAGAGAACGUAACGUGGAUAUAAACAGUCAGUCUAAACGGUGAGAAAGAAUUCAAACCCAGAUGAGGGUGAAAUGAGAGCUGGAUGUGAGACUUCUCAAAAGCCAAACACGAGCAGCCUUUGAGUCGUGCAGUUCUUUGGUUGCUUUUUGGUUGAAGCGUCAAGAAAAAAGCCUCAAACCUCAACCAGUCCAACUAGUUUAAAACCAUCGUUAAAUGGGUUCUGGCAGAUUGACUUAGGUGCACACAUUUUAGUUUAAAUGUUAAAACUGUAACCAAAAAAACCCAAUCAGAGCUGCAUUUGUACUUCCUGUGUUACAUGUUCUUGGACCAAUUGGUAGCAAAAUAUAAAGAUUGGACCAUUGCAUCCUUUGGUGUGUGACAAGUAUUUGAGAUGUUCUGAGAUGUUCUCAAUUUUUAGACACAAUAGUAUUUAAUCACUGAGACGGUGACGUGCACCUUUGAUAGAACAGAUAGCUGCUGUGUUAGCCGGUGAAAUGAGCACAGCUGGAGCAGCAGAAAGGUGCUAAUGUAAAACAAAAGGAAUGUUUUGAGUCCAGGGUUGAGCUUUGACGUGGUCACAGGGUCACAGGUGGAGGUGGAGCUGAAAGUGCCUUUAUUACAACGUUGUGGACUUUUUGUUGGUAUUCUUUUUCCAGUGUUCUUUGUUUGUGUGUAUUCAUAUGUUCUGUUUCACACCCCAUCAACAAUCUAAACAUAAAUGCAUAACUAACUUUCCUGGCUCGUUUUAUCCUUACUGUAGUUGACUGUGUCUAAUGCGAGUGCUUGUGUCAUGAUACUGAUGAGGAAGUAGCUCGUAACGUUGAUAUCCCGUGAUAGUUAUUACUGAUUAAUAAGAAUUGUUCUUCCAUUUAAAGCUGUAGUAGCAGAGACUAUAUGGAUAAAUCACAUGGACCCUAUAUGAAGAUGAUCAAGCUUUAAAAUCCCUGCUUUCUACAGUUCCCAUUUUUUUACGUUUAGUUAGUAUUGACAAAUACAUAAACAUAGGGAGUAGGACAACCCUUAUCCAAUGCAGUGUAUCGCAGCAUAUUUAGCUACUGCUUAUUUCCAAUACCCAUCCCUAGAAGGGCCUUUAAAAUAACAAAUACAAGACUAUUUCACAUAUUUUGUUAUCCUGUUAGGAACAAAAGCACAACUUGUAGACAUACACAUACAGACAUGUACGCUCACUAGGAAUUUAUUUGCUACAUUUUUUUUAGCUCCAAAAAGGACGUCUGGCCAAAAGAGGUAUUUCGGUACAAUACUUAAGAGGCCCCUGCAGUAGUAUUCCUAGUGGACCUUCCCUGCCUGUAAGUUGGCGUCUAUGGUAUGUUUGUUCAGCGUGAAUAUUAUCAUUCCAAGUCCAAACACUAAGCAGCUUCUGCAGAACUGCCACAUACGGCUAUCAAUCACCUGAGACUUUACCGUCAACAGUCAUAUGAUAAGGUCCAUCUGUGAGAAAUAUAUUGCUUCAACGUCUAUUUGAGCUUUGAGCUAAUAUCAGCAUGCUAUGGUAACAUGCUGAUGCUAAGCAGAUGUAAUGUUUAAUAUGUUAACUAUAUUAAUUUAGCAUGUUGGCAUGGUAUUAUUAGCUAGACACAAACUACAGUGGAGGCCUGAUGUCAUAUGUUGCAAGUAUUUAGUCUGACCGCACUGAUUAUAACACCUGUGCCCUGAUUCACGCCGGCAUUACGCCCCCAGGUGGUGGGAGGUUGUCCAAAAACAAAUCAAUAACAAAAUAGCUCUUACAAUCAUAUGUAUAAUAUAUUAUGCCUGUCACAAUUUCAUAAAGCCCAUGACGACAUCUUCAGAUUGCUUGUUUAGCCCAACCAAAAGAUAUUCAGUUUAGAAUGAUUUGAAAUGACAAGAAAGAACUGGAACCAAGGAAUGUUCGCCAUCUUUGCUCGUAAAAAUGACUGCAACGAUAAAUUGAUCAUCAAAAUAGAUGCUGAUUCAUUUUCCGUCAAUCGACUAAACAAACGAUUGUAAGUCUCCCGUUGAUUACGUCAGGAUAGAAGGUUUUAUUCUUUAUAAAGUGGCUGCGGCUACUCCCAUAUGUGGACAAUCGGGCUUGUUUUUGCACCUCUUUGGGCCUCCUGCAGUGAGGCCCACAUGAGCCCAUGUAGUUCUUGACUUCCAUUUCUCCUCUUUUGGCUCCAUAAUUACAGAUUAAUUGCCCCGCUAUAUCUCACUCAACAUGGAGUACUUAACCACUGAAAGUGUGAAAUAACAGAGUGUGACGGGAUGAUCUGCUGUAGUCGGCGGUAUUAACCAGCUCCUGCCUCCUCUCCGAUGGGAGCACAGACAGGGAGGGAGGGUGUUCUCUGUGUUCUCGUGUCGACACAGAGACGAGCACAAAGGCCCCAACCCAUAUUUGACGCUUUGUGGCCAUGGACACAAGGAGAGGCUGCCAGUCUCAGAAAAUAGAACUCAAUUAACAGUUUAGCUGCAGGCAUAUUGGAACAUUGUUUCAUUAACGAGAUGAAUACAGUCUGAUAAUUACUUCAUCUCAAUUAGAGAAAAAAAAGGCUACACUCUAUAUUGAUUGUGGCUGAUGAGCUUGAAGGUUAAUUAGGAACACAAUAAUUCAAAAGUCUAUUCUGCUUUGUUGUUCUUUGACAGUUGUGGGAUCUGUUUGUUUUUUGAAGGACUCUGCAGGUGUUCCUGUCACAAUAACACUACUUGAUUUCAUCUAUUCAACAAAAGGGUUGCCUUUUGUUGCAGCGAAAUAGCCUGCUUCUCUCCUAACCUUGACUCCAGCUAGUAAACACUUUUGGUUUCUGCCUCGCUGUUCUGCCCUGAGCCACAAGAGGGCGCCGUGGUCCUUCCUAAAAGCCUCCACAGAAGCAGCGUGGGAGCUUGGACGGACUGAAACGGUUCACCAAGCCCCCCAUUAAUGCACCUGUGCAAAGCCAAAUGGAACAAACUAAUAGUGCAUUACCAUUAACAAUACAAAUUACACCAUUAGGCACACUUGGCUCUCAGGCCUUGUGAUAGCUAUAAAUAGUUUCACUUGGUCUUGGACAAUUUGUGCUGUACUUGCAUAAUGACAGCACUUGAAUUAAUUCAGGGUGUGCGAAUGGAGAACCCAAAUUGCUGCAUUUUUUGAAAGGGGACAUUUUGGACUUUUUUUUUUAAUGAUGUGCCUCUUCCUGUACAACCACCUCUGCAAGAGGCCAGCAGCCCUAACAUGAGCAAAAUGUCUCCAUUACAGCCCCAUCCAGAGCAUUUGAUCCAGUUAUUGCUGUAACUGUGCACAGAGUAAUGACCUCUUUUUGUCAAUGAAAGUUGGCUGGAUUACCAGGAAUGGCCCUCUGGAUCGGUUUUGGACCCGUUUCCGGCAGACCAUGGGAGACCCAGCACAGUUUUUGCAGCUAUCUGACCCCGAAGUGGUUUCACUUCUGCUCCAUAAAACAAACAGAGCAGAGCAGAGGCAGCUUGACUGCCCCUCACUGGGACUGUGGACAGGACCUUAAAGCGCUUGGCUGAAGGGAACUAUUAUGUGUACUACUUUUCUCUGUGCUUUAUGUAAAUUAACCACACUAAAAUGGAAGGUAAAAUUAAGCCACCAUGUCAGAGGCACUGAGACGUUUGAUUUGAUGAUGUGAAAAGGAUAGUUAGCCAAGACUAAGGAUCUACAGCCGUGCUAGAAGCUCGAUGAGGCUUUUCUUAGGCACAACGUUGCUCCAGUUUGUGACUCUACAUUAAAGUCACAGAGCUAAGCCUUUAUUUCUCUAAACUCUAUAUACCCGCUGAUGUUUGAAAAUGCUUAAAUGUCAUCUAACAUGACUUAUUGCUGUUCUGAAAGUAUAUCUGGGAUCCUCAAAGACUCUCUAAACCAUCUGGAUGAGUAAAUCCUCCGUCCACUGCAUGAUAAAUAGCUUUAUAUCAUGCAGCGGACUGGACUUUUUUCUUAGAAGAGUCUUCCCAUCCGAUUGUUAUCAAGACAUUUCACUCAAAUUUACAAAUGUGAAUUCAUGUCGGUCAGGGAAUUGCAGCAAACAAUAGGAUUCAUCCUCAGGGGGCCAUGAAUAUCAUAUUUGCAUAGAAAUCCAUUCAAUGGUUGACAAGACAUUUCCCUAAAAAGGCAAUAAUGUUGACCUUGUGGUGGCGCUAGAAGAACAGCCGUUGGAUCCUCAAAGUUACUGCAGUUCAUCCUCCGGGGACCAUGCACUUCUGUUUUAAAUGUCACAGCAAUCCAUCAAAUAGUUGUUGCAAUAUUUCAGUUUGGACCAAAGUGUUGGACCCGACCGACAAAUGGGUCGACAACGCAAACCUCAGACGGCGCUUAACCUGAGCAGUAAUCCGUGCACACAUACUGCUUGUCAAACAGCUACACUCUUAUCAAUUAAGAAUAAUAUGGCCGGGGAGAUCACAGCAUCACAUCCAUCAUUUACAUGUAGGAGUACAUGAUGUAAUACAUUAUGAGCCUGUGAGCACAACAGGGAGGAUGACCCUGUACAAGAAACUCUGCGAUACUCUUAAUUAGAUUGCUGUAUUGUGGUUUGACCUUGGUGGGAGACACUCUACACUGCUCUCCCU